AUGCAUCUUCUUCGCACCAUCGUUCUCGCCUCCGAGCUCCUCGCCGCUACGGCCUUGGUCCUUCCCCGAAACCAGCAGAGUGCCGGCGGCGUCGCAGCUCUCGGACGGAACCGCGGAAAUGGAGGUGGUGCUGGCGGUGCCGCUGGUGGAGCUGCCGGUGGAGCUGCUGGCGAAGGUGCCGCUGAAGGCGGCGCCGCCGAGGGUGAGGAGGGCGAGGAGAACGAGAUUGAGCAGCAGGGCCAGUUCAACACCGUCAUUGAGCUCGGCGGCGGCGAUAUCAAGACCGAUACCCUGUUCCCUCCUGGUGUCAACGAACGCUUCCCCGGCAACGCCCCUAUUGGGUUUGACUUCCUCGAACCCGUCUCGUACCGGGUCGCGAUCAACGGCGGAACUCGCGGUCUCACUCUCCAAAAGAUUGACUACAUUCUCAACGCUGGCAACACCUUGGACAUUAGCCAGGGCCAGGUUGGCCGUCUUUGCACCGAGACCAACACUUUCGUCGUAGGCGCUGGCGUUGGUGAGCUCGAGUUUGAGGCUGACGAGAACGAAUUGACUCUUACCGUCGACGAUCUCGUUGGUGAGUGGGCCUUCUUUGUUCCCACCGGGGCUGGUGGCGCCGCGGGCUCCAACUCCACAGUAGCCCCCGCGGCUCCUGCGGCGGCGGCCCCGCCACCGGCGGUGAUGCUGCUGCCUGCGAUACCAUCUGCCAGAUCUUGGCGCUAUUGGGUGUCCAGCAGUAAAUAG